CAGGCUCCAGGAGCAAAGUAAGAAACCAGCAACUCACUCACUCACUCUCAAGCAAUUAUGUCUCAGCCAUGGCUCAUCCUAACAGUAAUCACCUGCUCAAUCCUCAUGCAGGCAUGCAAGCCUGUGACAUCUCUAUCCGAUAAAAUCCUGAGCUUGCCCGGUCAACCGAGUGUCGGUUUCAGCCACUAUUCAGGUUAUAUCACAGUGGGUGACCACCCACCAAGAGCUCUCUUUUACUACUUUGUGGAGGCAGAGACAAGCCCUGCCUCUAAGCCUCUUGUUCUCUGGCUAAAUGGAGGGCCUGGCUGUUCUUCUUUGGGGUAUGGAGCUUUCAUUGAGCAUGGCCCUUUCAAAGUGAAGGGAGGGGGUCUGGUGAAAAGAGAUUACAGCUGGAACAAAGUGGCCAAUCUCCUAUACCUGGAGUCUCCGGCAGGAGUUGGCUUUUCUUACUCGACUAGUCAGUCAUUUUACAAGGGUAUUACUGACAAUAUAACAGCACAAGACAAUCUAGUGUUCCUGCAGCACUGGUUCACCAAAUACCCGCAGUACAAAGGGAGAGACUUCUUCAUCACUGGGGAAAGUUAUGCAGGUCACUAUGUGCCUGAACUUGCACAGCUCAUUGUCAAAUCCAAGGUGGAGAUCAAUUUAAAGGGCAUAGCGAUUGGUAAUCCUUUAUUGGAUUACGAAAAUGACACGAACAGCCCGACCACAUUUUACUGGUCCCACGGGAUCAUAUCGGACCAAUCCGAGCUACUCUUUCAAAAUGUCUGUAACCUCACUCGGCUUUUGGGUGAAAUCAGAUCAAAGGCUCUGACUUCCGAGUGUGCAUAUGUUGUGCUAAAGGUAGCAAAAGAACUUAAUGAUACUGAAGCAAUUGACCAGUACGACAUCCUUGCAGACCUCUGCCUAACAUCGGGGCAAUCAAAGUUGAACAUUUUCUAUAAGAUGCUUACCUCAGGGCAUUCAUUGCCAUCCGUCCUUCCAUCAGAAGACUUGAUCAACUAUCAGAGCCUUUUGGACACUAAAGAUCCCUGCGAAGAGCAGGAUGUCAUUAAGUACUUUAACCGUAAAGACGUACAGAUUGCACUCCACGCCAAGCUUGUCGGAGUCGGACACUGGAACACGUGCAGCGAUGAUAUCAAUGAAAACUUCAGAUUUGAGGACCGGUAUAUAAGUAUGAUCCCAAUCUUGGGAGAACUGGUCAAGUCCGGUCUCCGAGUCCUUGUUUACAGUGGGGAUCUAGAUGCAGUUGUCCCCUUCCUCGGAACUCGGACUAUGGUCGACGCCUUAGCGACCAAGGUGCUGAAACGGAAGACAACUUUGUCCUACAGAGCUUGGUUCACUAGCAAGCAGGUUGCUGGAUACACGCAAGAGUACGGCAAGUUGGCGUUCGCGACCAUUAAAGGAGCUUCGCACACUGCCCCGGCCACCCAACCGGAGAGGUCGUUGCAGCUCUUCACCUCAUUCUUGAAAGGGAAAUCACUGCCUACUAAAGCAUGAGGUCCACAGAGGCAUCUUCGAUAAAGAGCCUGGAUUAUCUAAUGUAAUAAAUGUGACGUGGUGCUCAAGGGUAGAAAUAUGAGGUCUUGACACGUGGCACAGCAACUAGGCGACACGUGGCUCUUUUUCUUAACUUACCUUGAGCACUCAAUAAAUGGCGGAUGUAUACGUCCCUUCUAAGUAUUUAUAUCUUUGUUUGCUCCUUUCACGUUUGUGGAUGUUAUUAUUAUUUCUUAAUA